GCUGUAACCGAACUCCAUCUGUCAAGUCACGUCCUCUCCCUGCUCUCCCUUCUACAGUAUCACUGCAGCCAGGCUAGGGGCACUCCGGUCUGUGCCACCCUCCGAGCCAGACAGGCAGGCAGACAGGCAGGCAGGCAAGUAGACACACAGACCUUCUCCCAGGUCCAGGCACAAUAUGGAGGGUCUUUACAUUCAAGCCACAGAGGAGGACGAGGUGAUGAUGGAGCAUGAGGAGCAGGAAAAAAGUAGGGAACAAGACGAAGGAAGAAUAAAGGCCUGCUCUCCUGCGGGUUCCACAGAGGAGGAAGCUGACGAGGACUCUGAACCGGAGCCUCCACCCAUCAUUCGAAGGAAAGUGUCAUUCGCUGAUGCUUUUGGCCUCAAUUUGGUGUCCGUCAAGGAGUUUGACAAUGCUGAAGUGACAGACUCAGAGAUGAUCAAUCCGCCUGAGAUGGAGGAGACCCUUUCCUCAGAGGAGUUCUACAUGUCCUGCCUGUUUACUGUUCCCUCAAGCCCAGAGGAGCUAGAUCAGCACCUAGAGCUGCAGAUGAUAGAGCUGGAGAGCAUCGAGCUUCUUCCACGAAGCACCACACUCCGUGGCAUUAUCAGGGUGGUCAACCUCUGCUACAAUAAGUGGGUUUAUGCCAGGAUCACCGUGGACCGCUGGAACAGUUACUUUGACCUUUUGGCAGAGUAUGUGCCUGGAUCCAGUGAUAGGAAAACAGACCGCUUCACCUUCACAUAUACUUUUGUUCCUCCGUUUGAGAGAGAAGGGACCAGAGUGGAGUUCUGUCUACGAUAUGAGACGUCAGUGGGCACCUUCUGGGCUAAUAACAGAGAAAUGAACUAUGUGCUGUUCUUCCACCAGAAAGAACAUGUAAAAGAUCAUGGGCCUCGGGUGCAAGAGGAGAGCACCAGCUAUAAAAACAAGAGGAGCUGUCUGAAGGCAAACCGGAGGGGAAGUGCAGAGGAGAAGACCAGAGACACCAUUAACCCAACAUCAUUUAACACAGAAGCAGAGGUGGCUGACAGAAAGACAUUGGAAAGCACAGAGAUACUGUCAUUAUUAUGCUGUGAAGAACGCAAACCUUUGGUGGACAGCUUAAAAAGCAAGCACAGAGCAACACGUAUGGCACGUGUGCGGGACCACUACUCCCAGAGGAGGCAGCAUUUACCAGAGGCUUAUUCACAUGACUUACCCAAUGGCCAGAAGGUGUCUGAGCCAAUUUCAUCUCUAUGGGACACCCCAGCCUGUCUUCUCCACAACCAUCCUACGACACAACGUAAAACAGGUCUACAGGUCCUCACCUACCACCAGAUUCCUCUGCUUACACUGGACUGGAGCGAUGACAAACCGCAGCAGUGGGGGGCUGCUGAUGUGGAUGACAUCUGGACUGAAGGAGCUAAAAUGGCCUUGUCAAAAGCAUCAGAGGAAAAUAUGGAAGAAACAGCUUCUGUUAACGAUAUAUGGGAGGCCUUUCUCAACGGUACAGAUGAAACCAGUGAUAAAGAAACCUCUGUGUGCGAUGGAUGGCAGGCUUUUCUUAAUGGCCCCAGUUUUGAGGACCAUUCUGGUGUUCCGGAGUCAGAGUGGCUGCAGACAGCAGCUUCGGUGUCUCCCUCAAAUGAUAAAGAGCCACGCACACAAUGUGCAGCAAGCAGUCAAGUGCAUGAAUUUCAGGUGGGCAAAGAUACACCCAACAACUUCCACGCACACACGUCAAGUGCAUGUCAGCCGCUGUCAGACACCUGUGAAACAUCGCUGGCUAAUGUCGCCUUGAACACCGAAGACCACCAGCCAGCAGAGGCAUGUGUCAGUAGCCCCGGAGAUGACAACACAGCGACACUAGAUGCAUCCCAAAGGUCACAGACAAACUAUGUAACAGAGACUGUGCAGGAAUUUAGCCUCAUGGGGGCAAUGCCUGUGGCCAAGGGCUCUGUUGACAGCUCAAGUGAGUGUCACAAGCACGAGAUCUGGGAGCAAGAAAGAGAAAGAAUAAUAGGAGGAGCAGAAGGAAUAGGAGGAGAUGAGCCCUUCAUACCGCACACAGCUGACUUAGUAACAAGCUCAGGGGAGUCAGAGACAACAGACAUGACAGCAAAGCCACAGUCUCAGAAUGCCAGCGCUGUUGAUAGGAUCUCACAGGGAGCAAGGCUGGAUGAGGGUCUUUCUUACAGCAGGGAAGGGGAGGUUACAGGUACCACACACAAUACGGUGGAUGACACGCUGGCAUUUAAGGAGACAAUCAGACAGGGGACACAGGACGGGGAGAGGUUUGUCUUUUUCACAUUCAGACAAGAAGUGGAGGAGGGGAUCACAAUAAACUGUAGAGGAAAUAAAGAAUCCAGAGAAGAGGAAAUAUUUAGGCCACAGAAAACAGAAGAGUGUCAAAUCUCCCAGAGGUAUGCAGAUGAAGAGCAAUGCCAGGGAGUCAGGCUGAACCGCAAUUUUCUAGAGCAGAAUGAGCAAGAUGAAAACAUAAGUGCACAGUCACAUGCCACUGAAUUCCAUCCAAAUCAAACAUGUGUGGAACAUUUUAGGCAAACAAUGGCGAAAGAAUUGAAAUGGGACAAAUCAGAGAGGGAAGGUGUGGCAUCAUGCAAGACAGACACAGAAGUGUUCAGAAAGGCAGAGGUGGAGCCUUUGUACUGUCAAACAAGUCAAGACACAAUGGGACUAAUUGGUGCCAAACCUGAUAUUAUCCAGGUAUUAAAAGAGGAUGCAUGGCCACAUAAUGACAAAGCUUCUCCAUGUAAUUUAUCAGUGUGGCAGCAGGGAAACCCGGCAGUAUUUUCAGAAAUGCAUAGCAUACAGUCAAAGCCAAUUGUUGCAGAUGAAAUGAUAUGUAUUCAGAAAGAAAUAAAGGAACAAGAGUCAACCCUGACACAAACAGCAAAAGAUAUGGCAGGUGACGGUGUAUUAGUAUCAAAGACAGAGAAAGGGAUAAGUCUAAAUUGUGGUGAAAUAAUACAAAGCAAAGAAACUCCCCCACCAUCAGAGACAAAAGAAGAGCUAUUUCCGCACACAGUAGGAUCACUGGAAACAAAAAAGGCCUUUCAAAGUAACCGUAAUACAUUCAGGUCUUUUCCAACAGAUAAAUGCCAGCAAGAGGUGGGAGAAAUAAGUUGUAGCCAUUCACAGGAUGAUAUGAAGGGUCACAAAGAGGAUGUAGGAUGCAUUGGAAUAGGCUCAGAAGAUGUGCUGAAGGAGAUAGUUGCAAAGAAAGACACUUCAACAGAGCUUCAACACCAACCUGAGACAUUAGAGAGAAUAGAGGAAGAUAUGAGUCAAAGAGGCAAAGAUGAGAGGGUGAGAAUUGAAAAGCUGAAAAUAGAAGCAAUGGGGGAGUUGAUGGGUAAUGCAGAGAACCCUCAGGAGGAGAGUAAGAAUGCAACAGCUGAAUCGGAAGAACAAGAGUUGUCAGCAGAAGUUGAGAGCUCUCCACAUGUUGAAUAUAAAAAAAUGUCAGAGAGAACAAAAGACUCUAUUAAAGCAGAAAGUACAGAAGCUGUUGAACCGAUUGGAUCAGGAUUGAAGAUGUUCCUGGAAAGAUUUGGAGAAGAGCUGGUCAGGAAGGUUUGGGAAGAGGUGUUUGAUCAGAAAAACAACCCACAGGCCUUGACUGCACACACAAAUGUUGUUGAUGGAUCCGAAGGCAGGCGGGUAGAAAUAUAUAAUACCACAGAUGACUGCCAACUUGUACGAGCUACAAUGACUUCUGAGAAAAGCUUCAAUGAGACUCUUGAUUCUGGUGUAUUUUCAAUGAAUUGCAAUGAUUUCUCACUAAAUGAGAGAGGUCAGUCACCCAACAAGACGGAAGAAACUCUAUUCGUCUUUCAUUCAGAUACAAGUGCUCACCUCAAUAAAGAUCUAGACUCCACUUUGGGUACUCACAGUAGUCCGCCAUCGACUAAAUCAGCCCAAAGCUCCCCGAAGGAUCAGGAAUACUCGGAAAUAAAAGAAAGAUCAGUCACCCAUCAGGAAGCAGAUAGCCAAACAGAGGACUGUGUAGACGCCCACAGGGAGAGCUGUGAUCGAUCAGCCCAGUCUUCUCACAAACACCUGAGUUCCACCUCCAAGGAAUUAAAAGAGGCUGAUGGGGUUGGACAGUGGAAUACUUUAUACAUCCUCAGUCACAUCACCAGACUUCUAAUCUGUGCCUUUUUAGUCAGUGGAUCCUUUCUCAUCUUUUUUCUAUAUGAUUUCCCAGUAUUCUUUGCACUCUAUGCAUUUUCAGUGUGCUGGUGGUUUUAUAAGUGGAAGAGACAUCAGAUGGUAAAACACAGCCUUCCUCCUCCUCCUGAGAGGAACGUUGAAUGUAGCACUAUUUAAACCAUUAUUAAUCUAAUUUUGAGACAGAUGAAACUAAAUUCAGCACAUAUCCUGAGUGUGUGUUUUUGUUUGCUUACUUUUUUGGUCAUUUUCUAUUGGUGGGAUACUUAAGAAAGGCUUUGUUACGUUGAUCAAAUCAACACCUAUAUACAGAUUGAGUGUAUGAUGUGUGCUGUGUUUUAUGGGCCCAAAGUUCCUUGUCAUUGUACCAACUGAAACAAAAUGUGUCUGUAGAUGAAAGGUGCUACUAAAAGUAGUAGAUAAGAGAACAUCUCUUUCUUUGGUUUGUUCAGUAUCUUAAAUAGUUUCAUUUAAUUUUUCAGUUUUCCUAAAUAUACACAAAAUAUGACAUUAAAAAUGUUAAAUCGUUUUGUGUUUUUCUACCGAGUAUUUGGGUUUUCUACUAUAUUUUGGCAUCAUGUCUUUGAAAUGACGCAAGUAGGAGCUUGGAAACAAUUCACAAAGUAUCCUUAAGACAAUACAAUAAUGUUUUAUAUUUAAUAAUACUUUAUUUUUUCAGAUCAGAUUUAGGGACUGGUUUCGUGACUCCCAGGAAAUAUUAGACCAGUCUCAAUUUUGCUGUUAAAUUCAUCUAAUGCAUAAAGUAUUGCCUAGAAUGUUAGCAAUGUGAAACUAACCAGUGGUAUAAACUGAUGAAAAGGGUAAAAAAAUAAAUAAAUAA